AUGUGGCGGGUUUAAAUCUCGAGGUUUUGGAGAGAAAUUGUUGUUCUACUCGAUCUCUUAUUUCUCACCUCCUCUUGGUUUCAUUUGAUUCCUGAAAAUUGGCACCACAACGCCGGGCGCAACAGCGCCACAUGGGUGGCCAGAUGCAUGAGAGCAAUGCUGCAGUGGCGGCCUCUCUGUACGAUGCGGGGCCUGCGAGCAGUGACACAGGUGAUGCGGUCAUGGCACGGUGGCUCCAGUCCGCAGGGUUGCAGCAUCUGGCUUCUCCAUUGGCCUCGACUGGGAUCGACCAUCGCCUCCUUCCCAAUCUCCUCAUGCAGGGUUAUGGAGCACAAUCUGCCGAGGAAAAGCAGAAGCUUUUUAAAUUGCUGAGGAACCUGAAUUUCAAUGGUGAAUCGUAUUGCUACAGAAACCCAUAAAACUGAACUUGGGCGCGAGCAACUGUAUCACUACUUGUCUUUUGGUUGGCUUUGUGGUGGAAUUAUAGAGGUAAUCUCCUCUUCUUACUUUAGCAUGCUCAAAUUGUAUGAAGAUUUACCUUCGAUUCUUUUACAAUUUUAUAACGUCAAUUCUUCAAAUUAGAAAGGAUUUCUAAUUAGGCCCAAUUUUGGUUUGCAAACAUGAAGGGAAAUGGCAUGUACACCCGUUUAUAUAUAUAUAUAUAUAUAUAUAUAUAUAUAUAUAGAUAAACAUCCUUUCUUCCCGCUUUUGGUCUUGCAAUAGUUCUGAAGUGUACUAUUCUAUUAACAAUGAAGAAAGUAAGGGUAUAUGGAUCAAAAGGAUUGUACAUACCUGCUUCCAUAUGACAAUGCUUAUGGUUUCUUAGAAGAAAGUUGAAAAACUCCUGAACUUCCAAAUGAUAAGAAAAUCACAAUAGAAGUAUUACUAUG